CUCACUCUGUCACCGGGAGGGAAGGACGCCGCUCAGCUCACGGACCGGUUUCGCAGCCGCGGGGCUCGGACCCACAGAGAGAAAUUUGAAGGAAAUACCGCGGAAUACACCGGGGAGACGGAGAAGAGGGUCGCCGCCGCCGCCACCAACUAAAACUUUACGAUGGAAAAUUUGUCCAGUAACAACCGAUUUCGCUCAGCGGUUUUCAACAACGAUGAUGAGGACCAAGACAAGGAAUAUGUGGGUUUCGCGACAUUGCCAAACCAGGUCCAUCGCAAGUCAGUCAAGAAAGGCUUUGACUUCACGCUCAUGGUAGCAGGUGAGUCUGGCCUGGGAAAGUCCACCCUGGUCAACAGCCUGUUUCUCACAGAUCUCUACAAAGAUAGGAAGCUGCUCAAUGCUGAAGAGCGAAUUACACAAACAGUGGAAAUCACCAAACACACUGUGGACAUUGAGGAGAAAGGUGUCAAGCUGAAGCUCACCAUUGUGGACACCCCAGGGUUUGGAGAUGCUGUAAACAACACCGAGUGCUGGAAGCCGGUGGCCGAUUACAUCGACCAGCAGUUCGAGCAGUACUUCAGGGACGAGAGCGGCCUCAACCGCAAGAACAUCCAGGACAACCGCGUACACUGCUGCCUCUAUUUCAUCUCACCUUUCGGUCACGGUCUCCGGCCUUUGGAUGUGGAAUUCAUGAAGGCUUUGCAUGAGAAGGUCAACAUCGUCCCCAUCCUCGCCAAAGCAGACACGCUCACCCCGAUGGAGGUCAAGAAAAAGAAAAUUAAGAUCAGAGAAGAGAUUGAGCAGUACGGCAUCAAGAUUUACCAGUUCCCCGACUGUGACUCUGAUGAGGAUGAAGAUUUCAAGCAGCAGGACUACGAGCUGAAGGAAAGCAUUCCCUUUGCAGUAAUUGGCAGCAACACGGUGGUGGAGGCCAAAGGGAAGCGGGUGCGAGGUCGCCUCUACCCCUGGGGCAUCGUAGAAGUGGAAAACUCUGCGCACUGUGACUUCGUGAAGCUGAGGAACAUGCUCGUCCGCACACACAUGCAAGACCUGAAGGACGUGACCCGAGAGUGUCACUAUGAGAACUACAGAGCCCACUGCAUCCAGAGCAUGACCCGCAUGGUGGUCAAGGAGCGCAACCGCAACAAACUCACCAGGGAGAGCGGCACAGACUUCCCCAUCCCCGUGGUGCCCGGCGUGUCGGAGAGCGAGACGGAAAAGCUCAUCAGAGAGAAAGACGAGGAGCUGCGGCGGAUGCAGGAGAUGCUGCAGAGGAUCCAGAACAACAUGAUCACUCAGAAAGAUGGCUAUUAACCCAGAGCUCCCGUCACGCUGUGUACAUGUCUUUCUUUCACUGGGAUACAAAAAAAAAAAAAAAAAAAAAAAAAAGAAAAGUACCCAGCAAACCCGUCUUCCACUCUGCCAGCGUCCACUCGGCCUCAUCAA